AUUACCCGUUAUUUUUUUGUCCCCACUGGCACAGCUGUGCGCAUCGGACUUUUACUGAUUUUCGUUCAUCAAACGUCUCCAAAUCACACCAAAAUGUCUUCUAGCAAUUAUUCUAGCGAUGAAAUUUCAUCAAGAGAUAGUGACUCCUCAUACUCCGAUGCCUCCUUAUCCCAUUUUAGUUAUUCUUCCCAAGAAAAUGAGCCCGACAAAUUUUCAAAAUAUUACUAGUCCCACUCGUAGAGAAACGUGUUUGUUGUCGAAUGACGGAUCAUCGACGAGCGGAACUGGCCCCAGAAAACAGCUGAAAAGGAAUCGGAAAACACAACCUGCUAAAGCACCACGCAAGAAGAAGAGCAAGUCUUCCAAGUCCGAGAGUGUGUCUGCACGUCUGCGAGGUCCAUUGAAACUAAUCAAGCUACAAUGUACAUGUAACGUACAACCACCAUUUGAUUAGAUGCCUGUGAACAGCAAGACCAACAUCUGUAUCCUUUACAUUAGUAUUUGUUUCCAUUUUAUUAUGUAAUUCUUAUGUCUAAUCAUUGAGAUUCAUAGGCAAGUACAACAUGUGUGUGUACACAAUGAGUGCCUGCAUUUUGUGAAGAUAAAGGACCAUAAGACCAUUACUUAUGAUACAUGGUAAUGAUGGUAUACUAUUUGAAAAUAGUAGCAUGUAAGUCUGUCAUUUUCUUGUUUAUAUAUAUCUCAAUGACAUGACAUGUCAUUGAUUUUGUAGUAAGUGUUUCUAGAUUAUGAUGAUUGUAUUAAGAUUUUGACAGUUCAAUUGAGAUUGAGAAAAUUAUGUAACAUGUCAACUGUACUAUAAAGCAUGCAUGCAUUGUUGAAAAAUCUGUUUUAUGAUUUAUUUUAUUUUGUUAUCUUUGUAAAAAACGAGAAAAAAUUAUUAUUUGUCAUGA